AUGCCUGGUUUCAAUGUGCCCCUGAACUGUCCACCCGAACCAAAUAUCUGCGAGGACCGCUUUACCAGCUUGUUUGGCUUUCCGAAUGCCUUAGACCCAAGUCACAUGGAAUACAUGGAUGAAAUCGUCACACACAGAGAACUUUUGAUGAUGCGAGUAAUGAAUAACAUCACAGACAAGUCCGAUUGGGAUAAAAAGGUAUUCGACAGCCACAUCACGUCCAAAUGGCGCGAAGAGGUCGCCAAGAGUGGACAAGAUGUUACACCAAAAAUGAUGAAUUGGAUUAUCAAAGAGCUGCAGUGGAAAGCUGGCAUUUUCCAAAAAACAGGCCAUGUCACUGUUUUUGAUUCUGGAGUCGUCAAAUCCGACAGCGCCAUUUCCAGGCAACUGCAGCAGGAAUUGAGACAGGCAGCAGCUCUUUUCGAAAAAGUACCCGAAGCCCAAAGGGACUACCAUCCUGGAUCCGAUCAGAAAGUUGUUAACCUAGUCCAUCCUUCAUUGUUUCCAAUCGUCUACGGUCGAACUCGAGUUCUCCCUGACCAAAUCAUCGGCGUCGAUGACUGUCUGAGCAGUAUGGGACAGGGUACUUUGAUCCCAACUCCCUCAGAAGAAGAGACUCGUGUUGAGUUGAAGCGUCACAUGGUGCAUUAUAACUAUGAUCGGCCAGAACUCAGUCGAAAAUUCCAGUGGCUCCCGUGUGAUGUGGAUAUCAACAAAGAUUCCAGAUGUGAGAUAGCUUCUUACAUCAAUAAUGUCCAUCCGCUUGAGCAUCGGGCACUGUAUGAUGUGGUUAAGAGGGUCAUUACGAGAACGAUCCCGCUUUGGGAUCAGUCCUUGAGCAGAGGGACAAGGCGUCAAAGGAUCCAGUAUAGAGCGGUCGAGUACGGUGAUCGCCUAGAACCAGAGCCUAUGCGUCCUAAAGAUGCCGAUGAUAGCUUUGAUGAAGAUGACUACAGGGAGCGACAUGAGAAAUGGGAGUAUUCCGGCCCGAUACUACUCCCUGAGCCAGGCGAUUUCGAGAUUUUCGAGGUCGACGACUGGGAAAAAGUCAAGCUGAAGGAGCAAUUUGGCAAAAGUGGACUACAAGUGAUUGUAAAAUUGGCAAAUAUCGAAUUAACCCCCGAAAACCCUGACUAUGAAGGAGGUACCUGGCACAUAGAGGGGCAACUGAAUGAGCGCAUAUGUGCAACUUCAAUCUACUAUUAUGACAAUCAAAACAUCACGGAAAGUUCGCUGUUUUUCCGGCAAAGAAGUAGCUAUAUGGACGACGUUGAAUACGAGCAAGAUCGGCACAAGUUUCUCCAAGAUGUUUAUGGCUUAGUUACGGAUGGUUAUUUCAAUGGAACCAAAGUUACGCAAGAGGCUGGAGGCGUGGUUUGUCAAGAGGGUCGACUCCUGACAUUCCCAAAUUCUGUUCAGCACAAAGUGUCUGCAUUUUCGUUGGCCGACAGAUCAAAAAGAGGACAUCGCAAGAUCCUCGCACUGUUUCUCAUCGAUCCCCAUAGACGUGUGAUCUCAUCUGCCAAUGUUCCUCCACAGCGAGAGGACUGGGCGCCGCAAAAUUUGAAGGUUGUGGAUAGUGUGCAUUCACGGGGGUCAGCAAACUCGCCGCAUGCACCCGGUCAAGAUAUAUUGGGCCCGAUGAUGAGCAUGAAAGAGGCAGAAGCUUACAGACUUGAGCUCAUGGAAGAGCGCAGUGUCGGGGCUGUAAACCAUAACAAUUUGUUUGAAUCGGGAGAUUUCUCUCUUUGUGAGCAUUAG